GGGGGAAUCUGCCACAGCAAGGGCAUCAAGAUGGUGGUAGCCGACACCAGGGGGCUCUUCGGCCAGCUCUUCUGUGACUUCGGGGACGAGAUGGUUGUGACAGACACCAACGGGGAGCAGCCGCUCAGCGCCAUGAUCUCCAUGAUCACCAAGGGCUGCCCGGGGGAGGUGACCUGCCUGGACGAGGCUCGGCACGGCUUUGAGAGCGGGGACUUCGUCUCCUUCACGGAGGUGGAUGGCAUGAAGGAGCUCAACCACUGCCCCCCCAUGGAGAUCAAAGUGCUGGGGCCCUACACCUUCAGCAUCGGCGACACCAGCAGCUUCUCCGAGUACGUGCGGGGGGGCAUCGUCUCCCAGGUCAAGAUGCCCCAGAAGAUCAGCUUUAAGCCCCUGAGCGUGGCGCUGGCCGAGCCCGACUUCGUGGUGACCGACUUCGGGAAGUUCGAGCACCCGGCCCAUCUGCACCUGGCCUUCCAGGCCCUGCACGACUUCCAGCGCCAGCACCAGCGCCUGCCCCGGCCCCGCAGCGAGGCGGACGCGGCCGAGGUGCUGGCGCUGACCCAGGCGGUGAACGAACGGGCCCCCCCGGCACUGAAGCAGGAGAAGCUGAACGAGGGGCUGAUCAAGGAGCUGGCGUACCAGGCCGCUGGGGACCUGGCGCCCGUCAACGCCUUCAUCGGGGGGCUCGCUGCCCAGGAGGUCAUGAAG